UUAGGGUUGAUCGUGAGAUUUAUUUGACCCUUGUUUCUACAUCUUUGUGGUGCUAGGAGACUAGUCGACACCUUCGUCGGAGCUUACGAAGGGUUUCGGUAUCUCGAGCCUUCGGCGCCGGCGGAGGCACGGGAUCGCGGUAAGGGUGUCGCGUAGUUAGCUCGGAGAGAGAGUCCAUUCUGCUUUAGACGUACGGCGGGUCUGGACACGCGCCGGGCGGGCUUCCGCUGGGUCCCAGGGCGUGACAGAGCUAGAUCAGCAGAGAGAGUCACAAGUUACAUGGAUGCCCUAUACGAAAGAUGUUUUGAUCGGUCUUUCUGCAUUUUGUCUUGAGGGCUCUGCAAUCUGGCGUUCGAGAACUAGUUUGAUAUGUUUUCAUAUUGUCGAGCUACAUUUACCUGAUAGAGUUCUGCAUCAGUUUGGAUUGCUGCAGCAUAUACCGGAGGUCGUAGAAGUUAUACAGAGGAUCACCUCGCAGGGUAGAUCAGGCGAGGACUGGGCAGCGUUUCAUGCUCCAUAUAUUCAGCGUUGGGCAGAUCGUCUGAAGCAUAUUGCGGAGCAAAGUCCUUUCGUCGAUCCAGAUCCGAUACGAGCUAGCUUUGUGUACAUGCAGUGGUAUUGGGAGAUUACACGACGGUGGAUUUCUCGUCUUGUACAGCGGCCUCCACUUACUUUUCUACCGCGUGGGAAUGUCGAGCGACGAUUGGUGUAUGCUAUGCAGCAUGCUGUUAGCAAUAUCGGUCAUUUGAUGGAUGAUCCUCCGGAGCCCACUAGAUUGAUGGAUGCUCUAGCACAUGUGAGGUGGGAUCUCGAGAGUGUGUUAGAGAGCCUUCCGACAUUACCCUUGACAGGGCAUUCGGAUGUUUCUUCUCCGAUUUUUGGUGCUUACGGUGAUAUUCCCUCCACCUCCACACCUGCAUAUGAUUUCGGUGAUAUUCCCUCCACCUCCAUGCCUGCAUAUGAUUUCGGUGAUAUUCCCUCCACCUCGAUACCUGCGUAUGAUUUUCCAUCGACAUCCGUCCCAAUUCAUCCAUCUGAUGUCCCUUCGGCAUCCAUCCCUCCAUUUGAUAUUCCAUCUACGUCAGAGGUUCGUCGUGAUGAUGUUGUAUAUCAACGUAGGCGACGACGACAGGGUCAUAUUGAGACACAGGAAGAGUACUACCAUCAGCUGUUGAGCAAGGGAUGGAGCCGAUUGUCGAGGGCAUCGCCAUCGAGCAUAUUGAUCAGAUGCAUGUCAUUGAGUCCGUGCAGCCUGAGAUGGAGCAUGACAUACAUAUUCGAGGACGGAGUCGAGGACGCUGUCGUGGACGCGGACGUGGACGUGGCAGGGGACAAGGGCGAGAGCAUAGGAGGGGGAUGGAGGGCACUUGAUGUUUUUUUAUCAUUUUUAAGAUUCUUAUGUAUAUUUGAUAUUUCAGAUCUUUCUACAUUGAUUUUUUAUACUAUUAUCUAA